AUGUAUCGUCUUGUAGUGACUUUGGAGGGCGUGAACCAAGAGCUUAUAAUCACUGAUGAGAUUACUGGCUAUUUGGGACACGAAGAGAUCCCAAGAGGGAGUGCUGACAAAAGAAUGGGGCUACGCAUGUGCUCUCAGGCUCUGCACCCUGUGUUCGGGCGGUUUGGUAUAGGGCAGGCUCCGGGUGAUGUACGCAUGGCCGGCUGUGAUUCGAGGAUACAGGCCGGGGACGGCGGCUUUGCGGAGAGCCGUGAGCUUGUGCUCAGGCUGUCCAGACAGCAAAAACCUGCCGUCUUGGCCUUGGUGCCGUCUCGUCCACAGUCCGCCGGCGAUGCUGCGCCUCUCUUAUCAUCGACUCCGCGCGUUCUUGCAUCACCGUCAUCCUCAAAAACACCACCGCCAUCAUCAUCAUCAUCAUCAUCAUCAUCAUCACCAUCAUUGCCAUCGUCGUCACGAUCGAUAGUCUCACCGUCCCAAUAUAGGCGCAUACGCUCCACGCUACCUGCCGCUGGCUGCCGCCGCCGUCUCUUCUUGGUGUUUAUGUACUACCAUCCCCCCGUUGUCUUACACUCCCGCACCGUUACCAGCUCGCCUUUUGCUGUAGUAAUAGCUUGCUUUUUUAUCCCCAACCCUUCCCCCGUUGCAUCUGGCGUCGGAUCUUCUCCGGUGGGUGCCUGCCAACGGCUACCUCAAUCGGUACCACCAAGUUCGCUUCCCCUUUCAACACCAUCGGCAUCCCGGCAUCCCUGGCCCAUGGCCUAUCUCUCAACAUCGACCCAACCAAGUGUAACUAUACACACGCUGAGCUUGCCACUACCAUCUGCAUGUAAAAAGCCCAUCCUGAUUCUCGAGCCGCGUCACCCUGCAGCUGCUCGCUGCACUCGACUCCACCAUGAAUGCGGGAAACGUUUCGGCACGUAG